AUGAAAAGAUCAGUCUUAUCAAAUUUGGGUCUCAUCCUUGGCAUUUGCAUACAGUUCUCUCUGUCAGAAAUACCAACACCCAAUAAAUUUAUGGAUGGCAGAGUUAUAUGGUUACAAUCUGGAGAACUCUCUGAACACACCAUUGAUGCCGCUCCAGAUUCAAUUGGACCAGUGGAUAGAAUCUUAAUCCAGGAUGAUCAUCUGAAUGUUUGGAGGGCACUCAGAACAGCUGAAGUGGUAGCCAAUCAACAUAAAUCCUACAGCAACCUUGGGAAUGUUGUUUUAUCAUACACUAAACAGAUACUAAAACCCUUUAUAGAGAAACCUAAAUCUAAAUUUCAAAAAAAAGAAAAAGUCACUUGGGUAAGAAAGUCAACUAGCCCACUUCAUCAUAUUCUUUCUAGUUUGGUAAAGAUCAUCAAAGCCCAUUCAUCUCCAGAUUCUCAUUCUGAGAUAGACUAUGUAGAGAAAGACAUUCAAAAUUCAUUUCAAUUCACCUUGAAUCCAACCUCUCCACACCUCACAAGAGACAAUUUCAAUCAUUUCAUGGAAUUUUCACUCUCUAAAAUAAGUUUUUAUCUUUUAUUGAGAGGUAUCAUGAAAGAGAAACAUCAAAUCUCUGAGAUCAAUUCAUCAACAUCAACCUUGAAGUUCUUGAAGAAUUUAUCACAGUUUGGGAUAGAUGAUCUUCAAUAUGGUAGUUGGUACAGAAAAUAUAUGCAGACCUUUGAAACUUUUGAGAAAUUACUCUCUUUGGGCUUACAGAAUAGUCAUGUAAUGCUUGCACUGACACCAAGUAAAUGUAGUGCACGUUCAGCAAGAAAAAUUUUGGUUACCUCUGCAGAAGAUAACUGGACUGCUCGAAGGUAUAUCACAAACAAAGAUCCAUUUGUUGAUCCAAAACUGGAACCAAUCUCUUUGCUUGAAGAUCCUCUCAAAAAAAGCCAGACUUUAGGAGAUUUGGGUCAUAAAGCUCGUGAAUUGUGGUUUUUGUUUGAUAAACCAGAUCUUGAAAUUUCACAAGAACUCAUUGCUAUGAAAGAAAAACAUCAAACCAAUUCAAUUGAGCUUCCUGAACAAAUAAGAUUUAUGGUAGGAUAUAUGGAACUAAUGAAAACAAUUGGAGCAGAUAAUGAUCAGUGCAAAAGUAUUGAUAACCAGAUCUCUAAAUGUCUGGGUUUAGUUUUGAAAGUGGAUGCAGAUGACUCAGAAGCACAAUUGAUAUUAUGGAAAAUCUUGGAUUAUGUGUUGAAUGCAACUUCAAAACCCAGUCAACUUCACAAAUUUGAAAAGAGAAUAGAAAACAGUGUGAUGUUUUAUUUACUGAUAAGAAGGAUUGGAAAAGUGAUGGAAAGCAUUCUGAGUAUGAAAGUCUCAGAGACACCAGUGACCAAAGCUCAAUGUAUGCAAUACUAUUGGUCUUUGCUUACAUAUAGAACUCCACAAUAUUCACCACGUCCUGAAGACAUCACUAAGGAUUUAAAGCUUGGUGACCUUUAUAAAGAGCAUUUGAUUUCUUCAGAUCAUUUGAAUCAAUUUUAUUACAAAGUUGAUCAGUAUAUUCAAGAUGUCCAUAAACCAAAUCUACCAAGAAUCUCAACCCAUGAUCAUGAUCCAUCAAACAAUAUAGAUGCACAACACUCAGGCUCAUCGGUUUCAGUUUCAGAUGACAUUUCAAUUAAGCAAUUCAUAGAAAGUAGGCUAAAGCCCAAGAAACCCAAAAAUCAUACAAAAAUAGAUGAAAGAAGCAUCAUCCAAAAUCUCAAGAGAAAGGUAUCUGAUGUGCCAAGGAAAAAAAUAAACAUUGUUCAAGAUUUUCCCAAUGAUGGGUCAACUGAACAUAUUCAUGAAGACAUUGGUAAUUCAGCUGGCAAGGCAUCUAUCUCAAGUUUUGACAACAUCAGAAGUACAGAAAAAACUGGUGAUGAAAACUUGAUAAAAGAGUAUCUCAACCAUGAGUUAGCAUUGAAGUUCAAUAAGAAGCCCAGGACCAUGAGGACCAAGCAGCAGGUUUUGCCAAGAGAGCCUGUAGUGGACAAUUCUUCAGAAACGGUCAAAGAGAAAAAUUUUCACAGGACAAAAUAUGCAAGCAUGGACAUUACCCAAACUGCCUCAAAUGAUCUGACUGAUUUGGCUUCAGGUGUGAUUCAGAAUACCGACUUGGUCCAUAAGAACCCACACCUAUUUGAUCUCAAUGAACCAUGGGAGCCCUCUCCACUUGACUAG